UGGUGUGAUAUUCCAGUCUGUCUUCAUUUGUUGCGGGAUAGACCUGAGUCGCAAUAAUGGCCGUUGGAAAGAACAAGCGCUUGUCGAAGGGCAAGAAGGGCAUCAAGAAGAGGACCGUUGAUCCUUUCUCCAGAAAGGACGAGUACUCGCUGAAGGCUCCUUCGACUUUCCAAAUCAGAGAUGUUGGAAAGACCCUAGUCAACCGUACCAGCGGUUUGAAGAACGCCAACGACUCCUUGAAGGGCAGGAUCGUUGAAGUCUCCCUCGCCGACCUCCAGAACGAUGAGGAUCACGCCUUCCGCAAGGUCAAGCUUCGUGUUGAUGAGAUUCAAGGGAAGAACUGCUUGACCAACUUCCACGGAUUGGACUUUACCACCGACAAGCUCCGUUCUCUCGUCCGCAAGUGGCAGUCUUUGAUUGAGGCCAAUGUCACUGUGAAGACCACUGACGACUAUCUUCUUCGUCUGUUCGCUAUCGCCUUCACUAAGAGACGCCCCAACCAGAUUAAGAAGACCACAUAUGCCCGCUCCUCCCAGAUCCGCGCUAUCCGCAAGAAGAUGACCGAGAUCAUUCAGCGCGAGGCCGCCAGCUGUUCCCUCGCUCAGCUCACCACCAAGCUGAUUCCCGAGGUUAUUGGACGUGAAAUUGAGAAGUCUACCCAGGGCAUCUACCCUCUGCAGAACGUCCACAUCCGCAAGGUUAAGCUUCUGAAGUCUCCUAAGUUCGACCUCGGUGCGCUGCUCAACCUGCACGGAGAGUCUACAACCGAUGACAAGGGCCAGAAGGUCGAGAGGGAGUUCAAGGAAACGGUUCUUGAGAGCGUUUAAAGCAUAACAUAAUCGCUGUUCAUAGAUGCUGUUCCCUUCUUGUCAUCUGAAGUUAACCGUGUGACUUUUCCUCCGAAUCAUGACAAAAAUGAGUCAAACUUGUAGUGUUAUCAGCCAAUUUACCACGGCAUGCAAUUUUCCAAUACUCCAGCAAGCUCGGGAUGAGGGUCUUCUGACCUCUCCCUUCGGUCUUCAGCUAACUUAAAAUCCGGCUGUAAUGUUGGCGGCACACGAGCACUGCAUCCUUUUUAGACGAAAUAGCAUAAUGAGCAGAACCUCUCCUUUAGUUA